GUCGAAUCAAUCCAGGUUUCAUCCAUCGCGCAGGCAGACGGGAACGCGGGUCAACCCGAUGAUACCUAGGUGACCUCAUGACACAUAGUGCAGAAUCUCCAUCAUAAUUUCUAUCACUUUUGAAGCAUGUCACAGGGGACAGACAUGAACUCAUCAGCGCUUAGUGCCGCCAAGUCGCAGUUACGCUCGUUAAUGAAACAGCGACUGGCGAAUCUCUCACAUGAUUCCAUCGUAGCUCAGAGCUCAAAAGUUUUCCUGUCCUUGUCCAAGUUCAAACCAUAUGUGGAUGCGAAGCGAAUUGCGGUCUACCUGUCCAUGCCAGGUGGGGAGAUCCUGACGGACCCCAUCGUUAGGCAUGCUCUAUCUUCAGGCAAGCAAGUCUUCGUACCUUACUUACACAAGUCUGGUUUACAACCGGGCGACGGGCCGACUAGGCUGAUGGAUAUGGUGAGUCUAAGGGAUAUUGAGGAUUAUGAGUCUCUACAGAGGGACAAGUGGGGGAUUCCGAGCAUUGAUGCUGCUUCGAUCCACGAAAGGGCACGAAGUGUGGGCGAGCUCGAUGGAAACAGGUCCGAGGACGUCUCCCUCGACCUGGUUCUUUUACCCGGUGUCGCCUUCGAUAUUGACCCACAUUCUAAGGCUAUCCGAAGGCUGGGCCACGGCAGGGGCUUCUACGACUAUUUCCUUCAUCGAUAUACGUUGGCUGCUUCACCCGAGGAGAAGACAUCAAAUGGUCGACCGGCUGUAUUACUAUAUGCCCUAGCAUUGAAAGAGCAAUUCCUGUUCCCAUCAUCGGGGGAGUCUGUUCCUGUUGGUCCCCAUGAUCAACCGAUAGAUGGUCUGUUUCUCGGAGAUGGCCAAAUCAAAGAGUCUGCGAACGAGAACGGCGAUGCAGAAUAGAAUCAGUACAUCUUGACCAAUUUCGGAUAUCCAUAAUCGUCUGGUAUUUAUAGGCGGCGGAUUCGUUGCGAACGUUCGUCAAAUCGUAAUCUCCAUGAAUCAACCUCCAAUUAUCAUCCACGUCCUUCAACAACCUCCAGCCUGAAUCCUUUCAUACGGCUUCCUGGAUCAACGACACAUUGUCUCCCUUCAACAGGAUUUGCCCUACAAAAACAUUAGUUGCGUACAAAUCAUUAAGUCGGACGAUGAACU